AAAACGGCCACCGCGCGCCGCGAGCAGCCAGACCGCGCGCCGCGACCUCCACGCGGGUGGUCGCGCCGGUCCCCUUCGCGAUGUUGCCCAAAGUUCUCUUAGUCCUCCUGAACAUAUUUCUCAUCAUCCACUCGAGGGCGCUGUUACCCCAAACUGAAGUGGAAGAUGAAGCAUCUGGCCACGAUGACGUUGUUAAUGACCCCCAGCCUCAGCCCCUGCCCCAGCCCCAGCCCCUGGCCCAGCCUCAGCCCCUGCCCCAGGCUCAGCCCCUGGGCAGGAAACUUCUCUCUGAAAUAAUAAAUUCCGCCACUGCCCCUGUGGGUGCUGCUACCACGGCUCUCAUGGUUGCUAAUACCACUGCCCCUGUGAUUGCAGCCACCACGGCCCUUGUGGUUGCUAACACCACUGCCCUUGUGGUUGCUAACACCACUGCCCCUGUGGUUGCUGCCACCACUGCCAUCACAACUGCUCCAGGGGCUCCACGCAAAGGCAGCAAACUGCCAGAAGCCACUCGCAUCCUGGACACAAUCCUGAAUAACUAUGACCACAAGUUGCGCCCUGGCAUUGGUGUGAGGCCCACCGUGGUGAAGGUGGAGGUCUCCGUCAAUAGCCUCGGCCCCAUUUCCAUCAUGGACAUGGAGUACACCAUCGACCUCAUCUUCUAUCAGAGUUGGUACGACGAGCGCCUUCGUUACAAUAGCACCUUUGACAGCCUUGUUCUGAAUGGUGAUAUGGUGAGCCAGUUGUGGAUCCCGGACACCUUCUUCAGGAAUUCGAAGAAGGCCGUGGAGCAUACGAUCACCCUGCCCAACCAGAUGGUCCGCAUCUACAAUGAUGGCAGGGUGCUGUACACAAUUAGGAUGACCAUUGAUGCGAGAUGUUCACUCCACAUGCUCAAAUUUCCAAUGGAUUCUCACUCUUGCCCUCUGUCUUUCUCUAGCUUUUCCUAUCCUGAGAGUGAGAUGAUCUACAAGUGGGCUGAUUUCAACCUUGAAAUGAAUGAGAAGAACACCUGGAAGCUCUUGCAGUUCGACUUCACUGGCGUGAGCAACAAAACUGAAAUUGUCAAGACCCCAGCUGGUGACUUCAUGGUUAUGACGUUUUUCUUCAAUGUGAGUAGGCGGUUUGGCUACAUUGCCAUUCAAAACUACGUCCCCUCUUCUGUGACUACGAUGUUAUCCUGGGUUUCCUUUUGGAUCCAGAGAGACUCUGCUCCAGCUAGGACCUCUUUAGGGAUCACCUCUGUACUCACCAUGACUACUUUGGGCACCUUCUCGCGGAAGAACUUCCCACGGGUCUCCUACAUCACAGUGUUGGACUUCUACAUUGCCAUCUGCUUCGUCUUCUGCUUCUGCGCUUUGAUGGAAUUCGCCGUUCUCAACUUCCUGACCUACAACCGAAUGAAGGCCCACGCUUCUCCGAAACUCCGCCAUCCUCCCAUUAGUGGUGCCCGCGCCCGUGCCCUGGCCCGUGCCCGCGCUCGCCAGCAGGAAGAGGUGUUUGUGUGUGAGAUCGUCACUGAAGGAAGUGAUGGGGAGGAACACGUGUCUUGCUCUGUCCAGCCACUCCCUAACCCAGAAGACGUCGAGGCCCCCAGUGGAAGGUUCUCUGGAUGCUUCAAGCAUGUCAGGAAGUAUUUCUGCAUGGGCCCUGACUGCGAUGGCCCUACCUGGAAUAAGGGACGCCUUCGCAUCCACCUCUUCCGCCUGGAUAACUACUCGCGCAUUGUUUUCCCAGUGUCCUUCCUCCUCUUCAAUGUGAUCUACUGGCUUGUUUGCCUUAACCUGUAGGUGCCAGUAGGUACCUUGUGGGGCGGGCUCCCCAGUUCCCCGGGAGGUCCUAAGCCCCUUGCCAAGGGAGUUGGGGGACAACGGCAGCAGCAGGAGCAUCUAGAGUGUUUUCCCUCCCCUGUUCCCCAAAUACAAGCCUGCAAAGAGUUUGUCUUUGGUGCCCCUCUCCCCACAAGUCCCUUCAGUGAGUCUCCUUAGCACUCCCUUUCAAAGACCCUCACCCACCUCUCUGUUCUUUGAGGGGCGUUCGUGAUGCUCAGUGUUCAAGAUCGCAGGCUUUUUAAAAUCAGCUCCCUGAAACCCUGGCCAUCUCAGAGCGGAUUAGCUCACUCCCAGCCGUGCUGACAAUCACUGCCUUUUUCCAGAAACCCAAUACUGCCUUUGUGGUGCUACAGGCCCUGCUCAGGCCUCAGCCUCAAAGUGCAUAGACCAGCUAUUUUCCUUAUUCUGACACCUCCUUAAAGGGCUAGACAAGAAUACAGGAGGACCCCAUCCCAUUUUAUUUAUUUCCUCUUUCCCUGCCCUCCCUCCCCACACAGAUAGACAGGCACUGGAAUUCUCUCUUUAGGAGGAAGGGAGCCAGCAAGUGGGUCUUUUGGGACAGUAUCCCUCCCUCUGCUGCUGUGACACCUCCUGCUCCCUCCCUGCUUCCAUCUGCGCCGAUUCAAUGCCUUGCAUCCAGUGGGAAUCUGUCUAUUUUGGUGUGUGGUGAUAGUUAUUACCCCUGCUUUUUAUGCCCCUUCUUCCUCUUCCUUGACCCCUGUGACUCUUUCUGUAACUUCCCCAGUGACUUUCCCAGCCCUGUCCAGGUGCUAGGCUUUGGUAUUUCCCUGGGACCAAGAAACGAAAGAAACUCUGCUUUGCAGUGGGCAUUACCCACCAUUAUUUGGUGCCCACCUUGGGCACAGUUGGAGUUUGACAGCUUCCUUGGCCCCCGGAUCCAUGAGCCAGUCCACUAUUAUCCUCGGGGCGUUCACAAUUACACCCAAUCAAUUGAAUUCCCUUAAAUUUGUACAGCACUUUACCUCUGGAGAAGGACUUUGGACAAAACGUUUCUAUUUGGAGUCUCAUUAUAGCCCUGUGAUGUCCUCAGGGCAGGAUUCUUGUCCCCAUUAAGCAGAUGGGAACCCUGAGGCACAGAUUUCUAUGGGACUGUAGACCUCACUGGAAGCCAUCAGGAGCCCACUGUCAUCUUUUCGACCACAUGACAGGGCUAGGCAGCUCUGAUCACAAUUUGAUUCUUCUGCUUCUACUGGCACCACAGAUUGGCAGGCUCUUCAUCACUGACCUGCCCAAUUCCUGGGCCUGAGAUGCUCAGGCUGCCCCCAAGAUGGACCUUCUCCUGGCUCUAGUCACCCAGUGAGACAAAUUUGGAUCAUCGCCCCAAUGCUUGUAUAUGCUAAAUGAAAUCUGUGUCUGUAUUUUAAGGUGGGUGGGUAGGGUGGGGAUCCAUCUGCUUUCUGUCACCAUCAUCUGAAAAGGGGAAUAUAUAAAUAAAGCAAUCAGCAAAGCAUUCAAGGUGUGGCUCAUUUCUUUGGCGCUCGUGUUUGUUCCUGGUUCAGGUUUUCAGCCUUUUUCUGUUUCCCUGUCACAUAUAUGACUCCCAGACAUGCGCGACCUGCCAGCAUGCACCAAGGACCCU